AGCAAGGAGAUAAUUAAAGAAACAGACUGGUUGGACCACUGCAGGAGUGAAAGAAAAGGUGUGUUAGCUGCAGGGCAGGAGUGAGGUGAUGAGGCUUGGAGUUUAAUGCUUCUUGAGCUCUUCUUCAUUACUUAUGGUAUAGAUGGUGACGCGGGAUACUCCCCCUCUCUGAUGUUUUCAGAUGUCAUCAGACGGUCUCUCAACAAUUCAGUAGGGAACACCGCGACGUCUGAUAACAACACGCUAAAUGCACUGCAGCCAGUAGCAGCUCCAGUCUCAGCAAACGCUACUGGAGACGACACUGACAAGAGCAUAUUUAUUCUCGGUAUUCUGAUAGGAUUCUGCGUGUUUGCAGUGGUUGGAGUUACAAUGACAGUUGUGUGCUGGAUAAGAAUAUCCAACGCGAAAAAGCCGAAAGAUACGGAGUUCAAGGCGAAAGACGCUGAAAAUUUAGACAAGCAGAACAUGAGAGACGUUCAAUUGUCGGAAUACGAAAAGAGGAAGAGACAGAUGAAGGAACUUGACAAUCAACAAGAAGAGCCACCAGAUGACCAGUUGGACGAGUCUGAUGACGGAGGAGAACUAGACGAGAUAACAGCGGUACAAUCCCAGCCCCUUGAAGAGGAGACUAUUGUUAACCCUAACUUUAUUCACCACUACAUACCCCGCCAAUCUUCUCGUUCUGGCUCAAUCAGGAGCAGCUGAACUAAUUAGUCAAUUAGUCGACUAAUUAGUUAAUUGACUAACGAGGUGGUGGGCCUGAUAUGUGAGGGUUAAUCUGUGUGAAAGGUCGCUGUUUUAGGUUACAAUUAACCAACUAGAACGGGGCUGCAGCUUCAAAACUUUAUUUUUAUCAGUGAAUUUAAAAUGAAUUACCUUAAAUUUAUACGUGCUGACUUGGUUUUUAAAACGAUAAUAUUCAAAUCUUGAAAAUUCAUCAGUCAACUGCGACUGCACAGCUAUCAAAAUUUUAAGUUUGAGUUUUUACUUUUCUAUUUUCUCUCUGUGUGAGAAUGUUUUAUUUGAUAAUAAUGCAAAAAGAAAUGAAGCUAUUUUUAGUUAGGGUCUAGUUACCAUGACAGCAGUAUACACUACUACUCUACAUACGCAGCCACGCUUUCAGUUUCAAUUGUAAAUAUUGCAAUACAUUAUAAUACUCCACCGGAUUUUAGUUAAUUAAAACUAUCAUCCUCGCUUUUAGUUUUAAAUCAUUUAAAGUUUACUAAACAGUAUUAUUGUCUCAAAUAACCCCUCUUUGAAAUGCCCGCUAAAUUUCCGCCAGGGACGGAUGUAAAGGAUGAGUUAAAUUGGUAGAAUAUAGUGGACCUGUUUGAAGUUGGUUUCUGGGUAGCCAACAGGAGCACGUAGUUUGAACACGUGAUAUUGAUACUCAGUCAGCGUGUAGCCUACUUGAUGUACGAGCCGUAGAGCCGUUGUGAACCAUGGUGUUAAAAGCGCUUCUUCUCUGAAGAAUUGAGGCUGGCUGGAAGCUAACUUCAGAUUGUGUAAUCUAUCUUAUUCUAUCUUUCUCUCUCGAUUGUAUGAUUUAUUUGUAAAUUAUAACGACUCACUGAAGAUCGAAUUUGAUUAUUCAUGAUGAUUAAUAAUGGUAACCAUGGUAACAUUUGAUUCAAGUAUUUAAAAAGUGUAGAUCAGUAAAAAAUAUCAAAUUUCCAUGAACCUGUUCUAGUUUUGCUUAGGGAUUCUCUGUAAAAACUACCGCUUUGAUUUUCAAACGAUCAUGAUUGUAAUUUUAGCUAUUUAAAAAACUUUAAAAA